UUUAUUCAAUUAAAUUUCAUUCAAAACACGAUAAAAUGCCCGGCCUCGUCGAUAACAAACUCGCGGCGAAAAAGAGGAAGAGAGAUACGGAAGUCCUUCCCGAGAAGAGUUCUGCGAAGAGAAAAGUAGGAAAGGGUUCCAAGAAUGAAUCUUCCACCGAAGAUUCUCAGUCGCAAAUCCCUCUCCUCGAGAGCCAAAUUCUAGAGUCUAGGCGCCAUUACAACAAUAUAGCCAAAUUAAUUGGCCUUUUACGGCAGCGGACCUCGAAAUCUGAUGAUCAUUUGACCGCCGCUGUUUCAUUAUGUCGAGUCUUUUGUCGCCUACGGGCUGCGGGCUGCAUGACGAAGUCGAAAGGAUCGGCAGAGAACGAAGUUGUCAUUGUACAAUGGCUUAGAGAGCGCUACGGGGAAUACAUCACAGGCUUGUUGGACCUUUUAGACGACGGAACACCUGGGGAUCAGACUACUGCGUUGUCUCUUCUCAUGCGCUUGGUCAAAGACGAAGCAAGCAAUAUGAAAGGUGGUGCAGAGGAUUAUCCAUGGCGCUCGUCGACAUUUUCGAGCUUGGUGCGCAAGCUUCUUACGCUCGAGCACGGCACGGAUAUUAUUACAGAAUUUGUGGAGACUUUUGUGACGGCGUGCGAUGAUAUCAGAUUCUACACGUGUGCGAUUGUUGCCGAUUUAACCUCCGACGCACUCGAACCUACGCCUGCUCUAUCACGAAAUGUCUUAUCAAUACUUUCCGCCAUAGAAGAUCCGCCAGAAAAGAAAGACGACUUGGAAGAAUUCUACACGGAGCGCCCCAAGAAGCCAACGCAUGCGCUACUUUCGCCUACAUCACAGAAAAAGCAGGUGCAAGAGGCAUGGUUGGCUUUGUUACGUUUGGGUCUGAAUAAGGAGCAGCGAAAGACCGUACUUGGGCUUAUCUCCCAUCGGAUUGCGCCAUGGUUCGUGAAAGUGGAGAUGCUCAUGGACUUUUUAACGGACUCCUACAAUUACGGCGGAGCAACUUCUCUUCUGUCUCUUUCGGGACUCUUCUAUCUUAUCCAGGAGAAGAAUCUCGAUUACCCAGCGUUUUAUCCGAAGCUCUAUUCCCUGUUAGAUGAGAACAUUCUCCAUUCGAAACAUAGAUCUCGGUUCUUCCGGCUUCUCGACACUUUCCUCGCAUCUUCGCAUCUUCCAGCUGCUCUGGUUGCCAGUUUCAUCAAGCGGCUCUCACGGCUGGCACUUAAUGCACCACCCGCUGGCAUUGUCGUUAUCAUUCCUUGGAUCUAUAAUCUCUUCAAGAAGCACCCAAUUUGUACUUUUAUGAUGCAUCGCGAAGUGAGGGGGGAUGAUGCGAAAGAUCGUCUUACACGGGAAGGCAUGAACGAUCCAUUUGACAUGGCAGAGGAAGACCCGACGAAGACCAACGCUAUUGACAGUAGCAUUUGGGAGAUUGUGACUCUGCAGUCGCAUUAUCACCCGAAUGUAGCAACCCUCGCAAAAAUAAUAUCAGAGCAGUUUACAAAGCUGUCUUACAAUUUGGAAGAUUUCCUGGAUCUUUCAUAUCAAAGCAUGCAAGAAAUGGAGCUUUCGAAGGAAAUGAAGAAGACACCAGUGGUGGAAUAUGAGAUACCCAAGACGAUAUUUACAAAAAGUACGGAUCCGGCAUAUCAGGAUAGUCUACUAGUGAAAUUGUGGGAUUUUAGCUAGUUAUCGGGCACAGUAUAAUCCAAUCAUCCUUGUUGUCGCCAUGAGCGACACUUUCACCGUCACAUCGUAAUAACAUAUCAAC